AUGUCGGAAGAUCGCGAAGGUGUCGUCCCCGACGGCCUCCAGACCGCCUUCAACGCCGCAAAGGACGCCAAGCUCCUCACGAUCCACGGCAUCGACGGCGUCGGCUGCGGCUGGCUCACCAUCCGCCUGCUCGGCGACUGGCUGCGCCACUGCACGAUCAACCCGGAGACCGGCAAGAGCAACAUUGGUAUCGUCAUCUACUCCUUCAAACACAACUUCAGCUACUAUGCCAACCACCUCGCCCCCUUCGACAUCGACCUCGCAUGGCACCUCGAGCAGGGCCACAUCCAUUUUGUCGGCAACCAGUUCCUGCCGCUGGUCACCGAUCACAACACCACCCCGCCCACCCCGCCGUCCUUGACCUUUGACGCCUCCCUCGAAGUCGUCCAGGACUUGGCACACGAGAUGCGCGAAAAGUUUGAGCGCACCGUGCUGCUGCUUGACAACCCGGAGAUGGGCAUGAUGCUGUCCAGUGACGACGACGACGUGCGCGUCGCGAAGUGGCUGCUCGCCAUUGACAGCGCGACAUAUCUCUACCACAAUGCCAUGGUCUCCAUGGUGGUCGAAUUCGCCCAUCCCAUCCACUUCCCCGUUACCGACAGUACGGCCGACGCGACCGCCUCGGCCGUCUGCUCCCUCAACCUAAACUCCCAAAUGGCCGUCACCGUCCGUCCCAGCGACGGCUUGACCGGCACCGGCAAGGACGGCCGCGUAUCCAUUGUGUACCGCAUGGGCUACGAGGUCGAUCUCGGCGGCGACGAGGGAGGACCGACGGACGAGGACCACAAUGCCACGGUCGGCAGCAGCAGCAACGUCAAAAUUGAGAUCCUGGGCCGUCCAUUCCGAUGA